AUGUUCCAGCUAUUCUCGAUACUGGUGCUGGCUUUCACAACUGCCCUGGUCGCCCAGCUGGCGUAUAACCAGUACGACUAUCAACGCAAGGUCAAGAAGUUUGGAUGUGGCCAGCUCCGUGUGGCUGAAAACGGACUGUUUGGCUGGAAAGGCCUGCGAGAAGUGCUCCGUAUCAACAAGUACAAGUUGGGUCCUGCUGCCUUGAAGGACCGGUUUGAAAAGUACGGCAAGACGCAUGUGUUCCACGUCGGUCCGUCUCCUCUCAUCACUACCAUGGAUCCGGAGAACAUCAAGGCCAUGUUGGCCACCCAGUUCAAGGACUUUUGUCUCAUUGCCAGAUACAAAGCCCUGGGACCCAUGCUUGGAGACGGCAUUUUCACCCUCGAUGGACACGGCUGGACCCAUUCUCGGGCUCUGUUGCGUCCUCAGUUUGCAAGAGAGCAGGUCUCUCGACUCGAUUCCAUCGAACAUCACUUUCAGAUUCUCAAAAAGUGCAUUUCCAAGGAAAUGAGCGACAAGAGAGACACACAAAGAGGCUUUGACAUCCAAAACCUCUUCUUUCUCAUGACCCUGGACACUGCCACCGAGUUUCUGUUUGGCUCGUCGGUCGAUUCUCUGGUGGACUUUCUCGACGAUCCUUCUAUUCAGACUGGAGACCACGGAGGGAUUGACGAGGCCGCAAGAAAGGGCUUCAGCAACGCAUUCAACCGUGCUCAGGAGCUGAGCUCUCUCAGAACUCGUCUUCACAAGCUGUAUUGGGUGAUUGGAACCCUGGCUGUCAGGGAACCAUACCACCGAUACAAUAGAGAAGUCAAGACGUUUGUGGACCAUUACGCAGCCAAGGCGAUUAAAGCCCGCAACGAAAAGAACACCGAUCUGCUCGAUAACGACAAGUACAUCUUCAUGUAUGAGCUGGUCAAAGAGACCUCCAAUCCCAUCACCCUGAGAGACCAGAUGCUCAACAUUUUGCUGGCUGGAAGAGACACCACCGCCUCGAUGCUCUCAUGGAUAUAUUUCAGGCUUGCCCGUGACCCUAAGCGAUAUGCCAAGCUCCGAGCGGCAGUUCUGGCUGACUUUGGACCGGGCCCCGAGAAUAUUACGUUUGAGUCGCUCAAGAAAUGCGACUACCUGCGAUACGUGUUGAACGAGUCCCUCCGAGUGUAUCCUGUGGUACCCAUCAAUGCUCGAACCGCUUCUCGCGACACCACUCUACCUCGAGGAGGAGGGCCUGAUGGAUCACAGCCCAUCUUUGUGCCCAAGGGGCAAACCGUGUCAUACUCAGUCUGGUGGACCCACCGAGACCCCGAAUUCUGGGGACAGGACGCUGAGGAGUUCAUUCCCGAGCGAUGGGACACCAAGAACGGCAGUAUUGGACGAGGAUGGGAGUACCUGCCGUUCAAUGGAGGUCCUCGAAUUUGUUUAGGUCAACAGUUUGCCUUGACUGAGGUGGGAUACGUGUUGAGUCGGAUGGUACAGACCUACGAGACGCUGGAAAGUGGAGACACCAAGCCCUUGCCUCCGCUCUACAACCAUGCCUUGACUCUGUGUCACCAGGAGGGCGUUUGGAUUAAGACGGAGUGA